CGCCGUACACUCGUGAGACAGGUCCCACAAGUGCACAAGGCUCGAAACUUAUCAUAUCACACUCUGAUACCACCAAAAUCUGAAGAUCAAAUCUUUAAAAUUUACUCUGAUAUCAUAAAAUCUCUAGGUACACUCUAGCUUACAAGAUCAUGAUUUCUAAAAUCUAUAUCAAUCUCGAAAUGGCUAGCUUUCUAACUCGUCACUUCCCGUGGUUUCCCCGUUCUCAGUUUCACUUCCUGAAAUGGUGGACAAGGAAAACUAUGAGAUAAACUCAGUAAGUAAAUAUGGAGUGCCCCUUAUCAAACUUAAAGCAUGCCAACAAGUACAAUCACGAAAACAAAUACAGUACGGGCACGAAAUAGACGUCUCCUCUAUAG